ACACUCACAGACACACUGGUCCUCAUCGUCAUUUAGCAGCCUGUCGGCUCCUCUCCUUGCUACUCUUUGAAAAGAGUGCCUGAGGAUUAAAGUGGCAACAAGGUUGGAGACUGGAGGACCCCGGUGCUGGGAGUGGGACACCAAGAUCUGACAGCACAGGAUUAGAACUUAUGGAGCUUCAGGCUGAUUCACUCUGAAGCUGGUGACUUGUGUUAGCUCUGUGGAUACCAAGGAGCUGCAGUGAGAAGCUUGACCUCUAAAACAAUCACGAGCUGGCAUACUUUAGGUGGAGCUGUUUUUUGUGGUAUGAUCGUCAAGAUAAUGACAGAAAGGUGUAGGCGUGCCUGAUGACCUGACUCCAGAGGAGAGACAGGAGCUGGAGAGCAUCCGCCGCAGAAAACAAGAGCUGCUGCAGGACAUACAAAGACUGAAGGAUGAGAUAGCAGAGGUGACCAAUGAGAUUGAAAACCUGGGCCUUUCUGAAGAGAGGAAAAGCAUGCAGAGGAAUAAACAGAUGGCCAUGGGCCGAAAAAAGUUCAAUAUGGAUCCAAAGAAGGGAAUUCGAUUUUUGGUGGACAGUGCACUACUGAAAAACACCAGUGAUGACAUUGCCAAGUUUCUCUACAAGGGGGAGGGGCUUAAUAAAACGGCCAUUGGGGACUACCUGGGGGAGAGAGAUGACUUCAACAUCGAGGUCUUACACGCCUUUCUGGAGUUGCAUGAGUUCACAGACCUGAACCUGGUUCAGGCCCUUCGACAGUUCCUUUGGAGCUUCAGGCUGCCGGGCGAAGCUCAGAAGAUCGACCGAAUGAUGGAGGCCUUCGCCCAGCGGUACUGUCACUGUAACCCAGGAGUGUUUCAGAGCACAGAUACCUGUUACGUGUUGUCGUUCGCCGUGAUCAUGUUGAACACAAGUCUCCAUAACCCAAACGUGAAGGAUAAGCCCUCUGUACAGAGAUUCACAGCCAUGAACAGAGGAAUCAAUGACGGAGGAGACCUGCCAGAGGAUCUGCUCAGGAACCUGUAUGAAAGCAUCAAGAAUGAGCCAUUUAAGAUCCCAGAGGAUGAUGGGAACGACCUCACACACACUUUCUUUAAUCCAGACAGAGAGGGAUGGCUCCUGAAACUUGGAGGUGGACGAGUUAAGACCUGGAAAAGACGAUGGUUCAUUCUCACUGACAACUGUCUUUAUUACUUUGAAUACACCACUGAUAAAGAACCCAGAGGAAUUAUUCCUUUGGAAAAUUUAAGUAUAAGAGAAGUGGAUGACUCCAAGAAACCGAACUGUUUUGAGCUCUUCAUCCCCAACCACAAAGAUCAGGUGAUUAAGGCGUGUAAGACGGAGGCAGACGGCCGUGUGGUGGAAGGAAACCACACCGUUUACAGAAUCUCUGCUCCGACCACAGAGGAGAAGGACGAGUGGAUGAACAGCAUCAAAGCUGCUAUCAGCAAAGACCCGUUCUACGAGAUGCUGGCAGCUCGGAAGAAGAAGGUCUCGUCUCUGAAGGGUCUUUAGAGCUGCCGGAAGGUAACGAUAUGAACAACAGGCAGAGCUUUGACUUCUGUUUGGAGGACACUGGGCAUAGACAUAAACUGGUGCAGAGACAGAGUGGACCUAACCUUCAAAGGCGACCUCGGUCAGACGCUGUCCUUACAGGUUUAAUUUAAUGUUGAAUGUUUAAUGUCCCCUCUACAGAUAAAAGGACCUUCUCACAAAGCUGUAAACUGGCUGUGACCUUUAGAAGAGUUUGUACAGAGCCUUAAACACAUCACAGUGAGACUGUUACAGUGCUGGACAGUUACAGUAUGAGCCUCGUACUGAAGUUUACUUCAUAUACAUAUCUGACAACGUAUUUGCAGCUAAGGCCUUUGUUUCUCGCAGGUGUGGACGCAACAACUCUUUGCUGAACCAAACUGAAGACAUGUUAAAAACAGAAACGUCCUCAGUUUGGUUUCAGCGUGCGUCCACGUCUGUGCCUCUGGUUUCUGCUCUUUUCUGUUUUUCUUUUUACUUUGGUGUCAUUGAAGCUUCUCUUUCCUAAGGCUGUUUUCUUACUGCUGUUGCUCAUUUGUCUAAGCACUGUCAAUGGAAAUGAAGGCAAUAUUUAUAUAUCCACAUUUCUUAUUUAUUGUUUCAGUUUUGUUCUAUUAAAUACUUGCAGAUUAGAAA